AUGGCUUUCUCUGCUGGACCCAAGCGUUCGUGGAUGGAUAGAGUAAAAAUGGACAAGAGACUCAGUGAUGAAGAGCUGCUGAAUAUUUUGUUGUAUGACGAGAUUCCUUCAGAUGUGGACUCAAAUAUUGAUUCAGAUCACGACAAUGAUGAAGAUUUUCAACUGGAAAAUUCAAAUACUGACGACAAUGUUCCCAUAUUCGACAUAACUCUACCUGAUACCAUCAUUGAUGAUAAUGAACAGCCAACUUCACCUGCCACUGUUCAACCUCUGACAGACAACAUUGCAGCAUCAUCUUUAUCUGGUACACCGAAAGUCGGGCAGCAGCAGUUCGGGAGGAUUCUUCUCGUCGAGAAAGAAGACAAGCAACCAACAACCGCAGCCAACCCAACACAAACCGCCAUCUCAACCAUCUCCAACGUCGUCCGGGUCGUUCUUGGACAACGAACGAAAGACUGGAGGCCAUGUUGGAUCGGGUCAGCCCGUAGGCAACCGGCCUGGUGGCAACACCCCAUCGGAUUCGAGCACUACAACAACAGACAGCCGUCCGCCCCCCUCCCUCCCGGCCAUCAGCCAACAGGUGGACUGGGCUCGGCCUUUGGAGGUGCCAAGCCCAAUAACCCACCCUAUCCUACCCACAACAACCCUGGAGGAUUUGGCAGCAACCCAGGAGGCUUUGGAAGCAACCCUGGAGGCUUUGGUAGUAACACAGGACACCACCCACAAGGAGGAUACAAUUCGCCUGGAGGAUUUGGAAGUAAUACUGGUGGUUUUGGGCAUAACCAGGGUGGAUUUGGAAGUAAUACUGGGCACCAUCCACAAGGAGGCUACAAUUCACCUGGUGGAUUUGGAGGCAAUACUGGUGGAUUUGGAGGUAAUACUGGUGGAUUUGGAGGUAAUACUGGUGGCUUUGGACACAACCAGGGAGGAUUUGGAAGUAAUACUGGUGGACAUCAUCCACAAGGAGGCUACAAUGCACCGGGAGGUGGAUUUGGAGGCACUCAUCACAACAGCCAACCAGGAUAUGGAAAUCAACCACAUUACAACCAACCAGGAGGAUACCAUGGUGGACAACAACAUGGAUAUGGAGGUGGUGCUCCUGGAUACCACCCACCAGCCAACUCCUAUGGAAGUUAUCCAGCUGGAUAUGGAGGACAACCUCACUAUGGAGGAGGCCACAGCCCACAGUACAAUCCAGGUGGUUUUGGAGGUGGCUAUCAUCCAAGUGGUGGCUAUGGUGGUUAUGGUGGACAAGGCUACAUGCCUGGUGGAAAGGUGAAGAGUGGCCCAGGAAUUGGAACUGGAUUGCUUGGAGGUGCUGCAGCUGCUCUGCCUUUGGGUCUACUGGUUGGAUAUGGUUUGGGUUCGAUGGGAUCUCACUCGUCUCCAUUCUCUGGCUCUUCACACUCAGCAGCCCCAGCCUCCCCAGCUGCUGCUGCUGCUCCUGCCAACAACGAUGCCUUCAAUGAGUGGCUCAAACAACGUACAGCUGAGGAGAAGAAGAAGGAAGAGGCAGCCAUUGCAGCUGGUGCAGUGGCAGGUGGUGCAGCUGCAGCUGGAGCUGCAGGUGCUGCAUCUUCAGUACUCAUCAACAAGGAUGGUGUCACAACUGUCAAUGAAACUGCCCUAGUCAGCAGAAUCCUGGAGCAGACAUCUAUGUGCCCUGGUGGAGCUGGUAUUCUGGAAGCCUCAUUCUUGAACACCCUAGUACCCUGCAAUGCAACAGAGGUAGACUUCCAAGAAACCAACUUGACAAUACCAUAUGAGGAUGACUGCAAGACAAUCAAAAUGACACUGAUCCAACUGAACCCUACCACCAAUGAAAACAAGUCUGUUUCAUUAACUAUUAAACAGAUAAAUGUUGAAUCAGGCCUCCCUGGAGACUUGGCCACAACUGACUGUCAAGCAGUCGAUUGACACCAACACAACUCUGUCGACUGUCGACUUUGCCAGCAUCAACUUCGUGCUGCACGGGUCCAAGGACAUCUUCCUGACAUUCCAGCCGCCCCCACCGCCCCCGCAGGAGAAGGCCGCCCAGAACGCCGACCAGGUCGGCUCGUCGAGCACCCUCACCGACACCACCACCAAGUCCUCGGCCACCACCAUUUGACAAUUACUACACGGCGGCUUCCCCUUGGUUGUCGCCGUGUCGCUAGCCACACUCCACCUUCACAAUAAUUGGUUGUGGUAAUUGCGACGUCGGACGGAUUACUAAACUGGUUUGGCAUGUACGUCGCAGAAGAGAGAAGGAAGAAUGAAUCAUAAUAGAAGAGCUCCAUCCAAAGAGAGCUACUGAAAGUACCACGUCAUAAAUUUCAACAGGCGCUUUCUCCUUAGCUGUGAACGUCAUUGACAUGCUUGCCAGAAAAAGACAUUCUUCAUUUGCAUUUACACAGACCGCUGAGUCAAAUUUAAACUAAAGACUUAUCUGUCAAUUAUUUUCACAAUAUUCAACAGAAGUUCUGACAGGAGAAUAGUUUUUUCAACUUCUUUAAUGUUCUCUAUGAACUAUUAUUGGUGCGAUUUCAGUGACAUUUGAAACAUACUUCCUCAUUUUGUUUUGUUGAGGCUGUAUUUUGAGAGGAUUGUACAUUUUCAAGUCACUGUCAGUUAUUUUUAUAAUGAAGUUUAUAAAAUAUUGAGGGAUUUACAAGGAUGGUAUUAUAAUUUAAUGACUAGAAAAAUAAUUUUUCACUCAAUCUGUGUCAAUUGAGGAAAAGUUUGUUUUAGUCUCAAGUAUUGUUUCGUCUUCUUGAAUAUUUGGCUCUCACAUUGGCUCUUACAAUAAUUCUAUAAUAAUUAAUGGACAAAUAGUUGAAUUAAAAUUUCCACGUCUAUAAUGGGAAUAUGUAAGUUAGUAAACCCAGCUGAACCACAUUACUCAACUUGUUCUAAAAAAUCUUGAAUAACAUAAAAAUCUCUUCUUACAUUCACCAAGAUUGAGGUAUUAUAAUAUACUACUAUAAUAUCAUUAUUCCUUAUUGUGAAAUCCCUCAAUGUAGAGAAUAAAAUUCUCUUAAAUGUUGAAAAACUUCUGGAUUGAGUGUUUUUCCACAACAUGUUAUUAAAAAUUGUAGUUAAAAGAUAUUUUUCUUGUAAAUUUAUUGCGUUGUUUGAAUUCUAAAACUUAGAUUGAGCUGUAAAAGUUGUGUUUAAAUAUUUUGUAGUAUUCUUUAUUGUUUGAAGGGAAUAUUUUUUUAAAUUGAUGUAAGCUAGAUACCUUUAGGGGUUUUACUGAUUUUUGACGAAAGCCUAUAUUUUAAAAGGACUUUUAUUAAGUGUAUCAGUAUAUUUUUGAUAGAUUUCAUGUUCGAAUUCGUCCAAUAAAAUAUAUUAGUUCAAAAUGUGAACGACAAGCUGUCUCAUUGACUGGUUAGAGGCCUUUACUUAGAAUUAUGGGUCCGAUUCAGAGACCAUGAGACAUUCAUUGAAGAUCAUUUUACUAUAUUUUUUCAAUAAAAACGUGUUCUAGACAUUCUUCAAUUUUCUCAUGGUUAUUCUUUUAAUUGCUAACCAGUUAAUUCAAACUUUUGAAUGAAUUAUUUAAACAUGCUUUAAUAUAAUUUGAAAUCUAUCAAUGAUUUAUUUUCAAAUAUAAUUAUGUAAAUAGCUAGUAUUGUAAUAAGAAUAUUACUUUUAUAAUUUCUGAGCAACUAAUUCAAUCGUAUAAUGCACUUUUUCUGUACAAAUACUAUAUUGUACUUGAACAACUUUCACUUUUCUAUUUUUGCACAACUUAUUCGAAUGUAUAAUGCACUUUUUCUGUACAAGUAUUUCAUUGUGUCUCAUCAAUCCAUGUCAUAAGAAAAUGUAAUUUGUGUGACUCCCACCCACUAAAGUUUUCCAAAAAUACAGGUCUGUUCAUCAAACAAUACCAAAUCAUCUUGAUGUUUCUGUUCGAAAAUGUGAAUUGUUAUUAAACGAUUUGGUUGACAGCUAAUUGUAAGUGAUUGGGUGCAAUUUGGUUCAUACAACGUAACUAGCAUUUCAAGUGGCAUUGAACUCGAAUUUUCCCCAAUUAAGUAAGAACUAUUCAAGCCACAAAUGCGUUAUUCAAGCUAGUAUGUUUCGACAACGGGCACGUGGUAAAUGUUCAAAAUUCAUCAUUAAUGUCAGUAACAAUAAGCUCAUGACCAAAUUCUGGGGGAAAUUCAAAUUUCGCUUGGAUCAACAUAAUAAUUAUCCAAUAAAACUGCAUCAUGGUCCAUUAUUAUUGCUCAGAUGUAGCUCUUGUCGUUAUUUCUGACCGGGGUUUACUCAAUGGAGAAGUUCUGAUUUGUUGAACCCAACAAAAUUUCUAAUCACGAGGAAAUCAAGUGCAGAAAUACUUUGGUACAAGAAAUAUCUUCAAAGUUUUCCUCAUAGCAUCUUGAUCAACAGAUCACUGUAUUGUGAUGUUCAUUGGACUUGACCAAGGUUCAUUAAAAACCAGUGCGUUGUGUUGAUCUUAGAGGCUUUGGGGACAACUAAUUUUAAUAGGAAGCAAAGAAUAAUCUUUUUGAAAUAGGAAUUGGUGUUAUUGAUACUGUCAUACGUUCUACUUUAAUAAUCAUGAAUCGAUAUAAUAUAUACCUUAUAUAUAUAUAUAUAUGCCCUAUAUAUAAACAGUACCGUAUACAUGAAAACAACAAUUCUCUAUUAAAAAUAAUUUAUAAUUGUUGUUUAUCGUUCAAUAUCAUUUUCAAAAAUUUCUUCAAUUCACCCUACUCUUUAAGAUGAUGAAAAAUGUUCAGUUUAUUUGAUGUGGGUGGGUUUAAAUAUGCAUUUUUUCUUUUUUUAUAGUUUGAUGUAUGUGAUAAUCUUGUUUUUUCCAAGUUUCUUCAAUUUCUUCUACUUUUCUUUCUCUCUUAUGGUUUGUUUAUAAUUAAGAAGGUGGAGGGUCUCCUAGCUACACGGUGUACAUAUAUAUUUAUCACUAUUAUUCUAUCUAGCAAUACCUAUAUAUUAUUGUCGAUUGCAAUCAUAACUAGUAGCCUAGUAUCCUUACUCUCUCUAGAUAUUUUUUAUUAAAUAUGCUGUAUUGAAAUAUUUGUAGCUUUUGUAUGUUUUAAGGGUAGUAGAUGUAUGUGAUAUCAAUAAUCGAAGGAGACUGAAAUACGAAGGGACUGCUUAUUUUUUUCUGGAAUUAUAUUUUUCCAAAAGCCAUUUCAUAACGGAUUUUUCAUAAAUCUGAACCAACUACUAGACAUGAAAUAAUCAAGUCAUAAAAUUCCUAUAGAAUAUUGCCUAAUAAAAUUCUCUCCUAAUAAAAUAUAUGAAAAAUAAUUUUCCACAAUUUACUCUGAACUUUAUAGGUCUAUCAUAAACAAUAAUGUGAUUUCAACAUGCAAAUUAUUAAGAAAAAAAUGCUUGAUUAGUCGUAAUUCAAAGUAAAAGAUCAAUGUUUUAAUGUUAAAAAUUAGAUAGUCAUAAUUGUCAUUUGAUGAUAAUAAGACAGUCCUAGCACUCAUGUUCUGGCUUGCUUUUGUGAUAAAUCAUUCUAUGUAAUCUCCUAUGAAUAUUGUGUGAUUAGUAAAGUAAAUAUGAUGGAAUCUCUAAA